UGUGUCCUCUCCCUGCCUCCUUAGAACCCUGCAUCACUACCGGCAGGGUCUAGAUCUCAUACUCAGUCUGAUUGGUGUGAACUCGCUUCCCCCAAAAAACAUCAAAAACAAAACAAAAAUGGCGAGUCGACUCAUUCUCGUCUUCUCAAUUUCAUCUCUGCUUCUCUUCACCGCUCUCUCUUCCACCACCACCACCGCCGACGACCUCGACGAAGACCUCAGCUUCCUCGAAUCCGAUGCUGACGAUGACUCCUCCGCCGCCGCCUCACCACCACCAGAUCCACUCUCUGACGAAGACGAUGACGACUUCGAGAACUACGACGACUUCGAAGUUCCCUCCUCAGGCUUCGAUCACGAAGACGAAGCGUACUCGCAGCAACCUGAGAUCGACGACAAGGACGUCGUCGUUUUGAAGGAGAGCAACUUCAGCGACUUCGUAGAGAGCAAUCGGUACGUGAUGGUUGAGUUCUACGCGCCGUGGUGUGGACACUGUCAGGCUCUGGCUCCGGAGUAUGCUGCGGCGGCGACGGAGCUGAAGGGCGAGGCGGUGGCGCUCGCGAAGGUGGAUGCGACGGAGGAGAGUGAAUUGGCGGAGGAGUAUGAGGUUCAGGGGUUUCCUACUGUCUAUUUCUUUGUUGAUGGUCAACAUAAACCCUACAAUGGCCAAAGGACUAAAGAAGCAAUAGUAACCUGGAUAAAGAAGAAAAUAGGACCCGGUGUAUCCAACAUAACCUCUGCAGAUGAUGCUGAGCGUGUAUUGACUUCUGAGAGUAAAGUUGUUUUGGGCUUCCUUGAAUCUUUGGUGGGUCCAGAGAGUGAAGAGCUUGCUGCUGCUUCUAAACUUGAGGAUGACGUCAACUUCUACCAAACUGUAAAUCCUGAUGUGGCGAAGCUUUUCCACAUGGACCCUGAUGCUAAACGCCCCGCUUUGGUCAUGCUAAAGAAGGAGGCUGAGAAAUUGAAUAAUUUUGAUGGCCAAUUUGUGAAGUCUGCAAUAGCCGAGUUUGUGUCUGCCAACAAGCUUCCACUGGUGACCACUUUUACCAGAGAAAGUGCCACAGUGAUUUUUGAAAGUCCUAUUAAAAAACAGCUAUUGCUCUUUGCCACUUCAAAUGAUUCAGAUAAGGUUGUUCCAACAUUUCAAGAAGCUGCAACGAUUUUUAAGGGGAAGCUUAUCUUUGUAUAUGUGGAAAUGGACAAUGAAGAUGUUGGCAGGCCUGUUGCGGAUUAUUUUGGUGUCACUGGGGAUUCUCCAAAAGUUAUUGGAUUUUCAGGAAACGAAGAUGCCAAGAAAUACGUACUUGCUGGGGAGGUGACUCUAGAUAAACUCAAGGUGUUCGGGGAGGAUUUCGUGCAAGACAAGCUUAAACCUUUUUAUAAGUCGGAUCCAAUUCCAGAGACUAAUGAUGGGGAUGUGAAAAUAGUGGUUGGGAAUAAUUUUGAAGAAAUUGUCUUGGAUGAAUCAAAAGAUGUUCUUCUUGAGAUCUAUGCACCAUGGUGUGGGCAUUGCCAAGCUCUGGAGGCGACCUACAACAAACUUGCCAAACAUUUACGUGGCAUUGAAUCUCUUGUUAUAGCCAAAAUGGAUGGUACCACAAAUGAACACCCUAAGGCAAAGGCCGAUGGGUUCCCCACCCUUCUGUUCUUCUCGGCAGGAAACAACAGCUCUGAUCCAAUUACUGUUGAUACUGAUCGUACGGUGGUUGAAUUGUACAAAUUCCUCAAAAAGCACGCAUCGAUCCCUUUCAAGCUCCAAAAACCAGUUUCCACUACAAAACCUAAGAGCUCUGAUGCCAACGAAAGCAGCAAGAGCAGCUCCAACGAUAAGAAGGAUGAAUUGUGAGGAUUUUGUCGGAUAUGUAUGUGUGGCCCUAUUAUCCAUAAGAUAAAAUGCGAGAGGAAUAGUUAUACAAUGAAACACGAGCAUGAUGGAGAAGCGAGUCUAAUUUUAUUAUCCUAAAAAAAAAAAAAAAAAAAAAAUCCAUUUUAGGGUUUCUUAGCUUUGAAGUUUUAAAUCUAGGUUUGCCUCAAGUUUAUGCGGGAAGAAUGUAAUAUAGUUUUUUUUCCCCCUUCUCAUGCCCUUUCCCUGUUAAUUUUAUAAAAUUACUGCUGUUAUUAUCCCAUUAAAUAUUUUAGACUUCUCAUA